AUGUUGUAUGAGAGAAGUAAUCCAAACAACUUCCUUGUUGCUGUGCGUUGUCGCUGUCUACAUGGAGAAGAGAAGAGAAUAUCUCAACUGCGGUAUGGACAGAGAAGUGAUACCCAUCAUCACUGUGUGCUUUUAAACCGUACACUAACAUCCUCUUCUUCCUCCCCUUCUUCAUCUUUAUUAUCAUCAUCAUCAUCAUUAUUUCCAAAUACCCAGACAACAACAACAACAAUAACAACAACAGAGUCAGCAGAGAAAUCACAGGUAAGUGUGAUUCUUAUUGAUCCUAAUAGCGGCAGUGAUUUCAGUUCAUUAUGGAGAACACACACUGAGGUGGAUAAUAAUAGUAGUGGUUCUUCUUCUUCCUCUUCUUUAUCAUUAUCAUCAUCAUUAUCACUUCUGCAGGAACAGCAUUUAGAGUAUCGAGACCUACAGCAUCUAUUGAUGAGAAAAGAUGGUGUUCGGCGUUUUAACUUUGAUGAGGUAUUCUCUCCUAGUGCCAAAAAUGAAGAAAUCUACACUAGACUUGUGCAGAGAUUAGUGUUUGCGGCGAAGAAGGGUUACAAUGGUACAUUCUUUGCCUAUGGUCAAACAGGAACGGGUAAAAGUUAUACGGUCUUUGGUGAGAAAAAGAAGAAUAUUCCAGGAUUGUGUAGUCUUGUAGCUUCCGAUUUGUUUAAACCACUUUACUCUCUACAGGAGAAGGAAGAGGAGAAGAAUGAGGAGAAGAAGAAGGGAUCACUAGAGAGAGAGAGGAUGAGGAUGAGAAUAAAUGCUCAUAGUGGUAUCCACACAUUAUGCAAAAAGAAAGAAACAAUUAUAUUUCUCUCCUUUUUAGAAUUAUAUAAUGAACGUUUACGUGAUUUAUUAGUGGACUCUACAUUAUCUAUGGUGAGAUCAGAGAAUUUAUCUAAACAUGAAGGUAUCUCAACUAGAGAGGCUUUACCUUCUAUUCGCUAUGAUGAUUUGGAGAUAAUAGAACAUCCUGUGAAGGGUGUGCAGGUACCACAUCUCACACGUAUUCGUAUACGAUCUAUACAAGAGUUAGAAGAAUUAUUAGAAGAUGGAAAUCAUCGGCGCAGGAAAGCACAUACAAAUAGUAAUGAAAUUAGUUCAAGAAGUCAUGCAAUUGUACAGUUUACAAUUAAACAACCUAUAGAGAUAGUGGAUGGGAAUGAAAAUCAUACAACUAUAGUUUAUUCACAUAAUAUAGAGAGAAGAGAAGAUACAUUAGGGUUGUAUUCAUCGCUUACGGCGAAACUCUCUAUUGUGGAUUUAGCGGGUAGUGAACGAAUAACGGGAUUUGACUCCUUUUCACGAAGUGUAUAUACAACUGUAGGAGUGACGAAGAAGAAUAGUUUCUCUGCAGUGCAACAACAACAACAGCAAGAACGUGCGAGUCGUCUUCGUGAGGGUUCCAAUAUCAAUAAAAGUCUUCUCGCACUUGGAAAUUGUAUCCAAGCACUUGGAGCGAUUUGCCGAGAAGCGAAGAAACGAGAAUACAUACAAAAGAAGAAGAAGAACAAGAUGAUGAUGAUGAUGCCUGUGCGUUUCUCUUUAUCUUCACAUGCUUAUACUCACAACCCUUCAGAUAUUGGCGUUUACAGUCCUAUACCACUAGAGGCACAUGUGCCCUAUCGUGAUAGUAAAUUAACACGUCUACUGAAGGAGUCUCUAGGAGGAAAUACACAGACAGUGAUGUUAGCCACAAUCUCACCAAGUUGUUUGGCAUUUGAGGAAACACUCUCUACACUAAAGUACGCCGCACGGGCAAGGAAUAUUACCCGUGAUGUAAGGCCUAAUAUUAUUCUAGAUGAAGUACAAGAGGAUGAUGAAAUGCAUAGGAAUGAUAUUCUUCAUUUUAAUAAUAAUAAUAAUAAUAAUAAUAAUAAUAAUAAUAAUAAUAAUAAUAAUAAUAAUAAUAAUAAUAAAGAGAAGCAUACAUUUGAAAAAGAAGAAGAAGAAGAAGAAGGCAAACCUGUGGGAAUGAAAAGAUACAAUCCCGUUGAGAAAUCUCCUAUCAACAUAGACUACCACUCUGAUAGUGAGAGAGACCGUCGAUUGCUGUUAUUAACAUUAGAAGCGGAGAUUCGUUCUCUACAGACCCAACUACACAUGACAAGAGCAGUUACUCAGAAAAUAGGCCGCACACACUUUUUAAAGGUCUGUAAAAACACUACAGUGGAGGAAACACAUUUCACACAUUCACCAAAACGGAGGAUAGAAAAAGAAAAAGAAGAUUCCAGUAGGAAUAGUGAAAAUAGUGAAGGAACAGCUCGACGAUGGGCACUUUAUAAUGAGACACGGCGUGAACUAUACGCUUUACUACAAGAGAGGGAAGUCAUUAAUAAUAAUAAAGAUCGAAAGAAUGAACUCCACAGUUAUUCUAAUGGAACGAAUAAAGAAUUUAUACGUGAGUUGGUUCGGAAAGAACGACAGAAUGCUCUUCUACAGGAACGAAUACAACACUUAGAUACCUUACUAUCGUAG